AUGGGUCAGAACAACAAUGGAAAUUUUCCAGCAAAUCUCCCUAUACUCGAUAGCAAGAACUGGGAUCAUUGGCGAAUCCAGAUGAAGGUGAUCAUCGGGUAUCAAGAAGUCAUCGACAUAGUGGAGAACGGGUACCCAGAGCUUCCUGAGGCACCCACAGAGGCGCAAAGGACUGCGCAUAAGGAAAAUAAGAAGAAAGAUUGCAAGGCGUUGUUUCUGCUUCACCAGUGCGUAGAUGUCGCACACUUCGACAAGAUUGCUAGAGCAGCGAACUCUACAGAGGCAUGGAAGAUCCUGGAGAAGAACAAUGAAGGUGCAGAGCAGUUGAAGAAAGUCAAAUUGCAAACGAUGAGGCGUCAAUUUGAGUUGUUGCAGAUGGAAAGCAAUGAGAGCAUCGCUGAUUUCUUCAAUCGAAUCAUCUCCCUCACAAAUCUGAUGAAAGCUUGCGGUGAGAAGAUGACUGAUCAAGCAAUAGUGGAAAAGGUGUUGCGAACCCUAACCCCAAAGUUCGACCAUGUUGUGGUGGCGAUUGAAGAAUCUAAGAAGCUGGAGAAUCUCAAAAUUGAAGAGCUUCAAGGAUCGCUAGAGGCUCAUGAACAACGAAUCGUUGAAAGAUCGUCAGAGAAAUCGAAAUCGACUGAUCAAGCGCUUCAAGCACAAACCUCCAAGAAAGGGGGGUUUUCUGGAAAAGGUGGUUAUCAUGGAAAGGGGAAAUCGAAAGACUACAAGAACAACUCAGGAAAGCAAUCUCAAUUCCAGAAUCAAGAAGAACACGAUCAACUUGAAAAUUCAUCAAGAAGAGGAGGGGGUCUAGCAAUUACAGAGGUGAUUGGCCAUUUUUCUUCUGAAUGCAAAGCACCGAGUGGUGGUGAUACUCGAGGGAGAACAAGUGAUGAAGCAAAUCUGGCUAAGGAAGGAAGUAUCACUGAUGAAGAGCCUGUGACUCUCAUGAUGGUGACCGAGGAGGGUGAAAUCAAUCCAGCAACCUGCAAUAUCACCGAUGAAGAGCAUGUGACGCUCAUGAUGGUGACCGAGGAGGGUGAAAGCAAUCCAGCAACUUGCAAUAUCACUGAUGAAGAGCAUGUGACGCUCAUGAUGGUGACCAAGGAGGGUGGAAACUAUCCAGGAACCUGGUAUCUUGAUUCAGGCUGCUCAAAUCACAUGACUGGUAACAAAGAGAGGCUGAUCAACCUUGAUGAGAACAAGAAGAGUAAAGUUCGCUUUGCUGAUGAUCGGUUUAUCUCAGCAUAA